UGCCGGGGGGGAGGACGGACACAAGGACCCUGGGCAGGUCGGUGCGGCUGUUUUCUAUUGUCCCUCCUUGCAGAAGAGUCUUUCGAACAAAGGCUGCCAGCGAUGGCCCCAGCCCUUCUCCAGGUGGGAUGUGGCCCGCGGGGCGAGCUGGCCGCAGCCCGCAGGGAGCCAGGGACCCCAGCGCUCCCGUUUCCCAGUUGUAAGCACUUCUCUGGUUCUGGGUCAUUUCAGAGUGAGCCGUCGCCACUCCUUCCCCCACCCUGCUCAGCAGCAGAGCCGCAAAAUGAGGCAGAACAGGUUUGUCGUCCUGCACGCGCGGUGACCCGAUUCGGAGUAAACCCGGAACACGCCAGACACCGCCUAUAAAUGGGUCCCUGCGCUGCCCGCCCUCCAGGAGCCCGGGAAGAUGCCACAGGAGCUGGGCAGAGCUGCGGAGGCGACAGGAAAAGCUCUCGCUUGUUCCAAACCGAGGCGGCAGCCCUGAGGAACCCAGGGAGAUCGUGGGGCGCGCCGGGGGCUGGCCACGCGGCCGGAUACAAUGUCUUCCAGGGAGUCGCUCCCCACCACGCCCGGCCAGCCGCAGGGGCCGGGCAACGGCAGCCGCCUCCCUGGGCAGUCAGAACCUGUGGGUGAGAUGGGAGCUGGGAAAAGUGCCCCAGGAAGCAGCACCCUUGGGCAGGAGAAAUGGGAGUCCGUACGCGGGGCCACGGAGGCCUGCAGCGACGGCGGCAGGACCUGGAAUGGAGGGGAGGGCGCGACCACCAGCACGCCCGCGCCCUCUGACACUGAGCGCUCCGGCGAAGACGCCCGCGGUGAGCUCGGGGGCCGGAGGGAGCUGUCGUUGCCGGGCCCCCACGCGCUGGUGCUGGUGACCCUGCUGCGCCGGCACACGGAAGGAGACCAGCCAGCACCGAGCAGAGCCCAGGAGACGUGUGGCCCGGAGGCCCCGAUGAACACGAUUGUCUUGUUCGCCCAGAGAGAAGAGCUGCCGAGCGGGGCCCUGGAGCAGUGGCUCUCGCCCGCAGGGGACGUGCCCGGACGGUGGCAAGGCCGACGUUGCGCUCUCGACACGGAAGCGACAGGGCAGGAGCGAGCUGCCCAGGCAGAACUGCUGAUGGCUCAGGUAGCGGAGACGGUGCGGCGCAGCAAGGCCCCUGACGGUCCGGGCACGGCUCCCGGGGCAGACGGCAGCAGGAAGCAGGGCGGGGAAGAGGAAGAUGACCAGCAAGGGGAGGCAAAGGAAGGGGCCCAAGAGGAAGAGGCGCCAGCCAGCGAGACAGCAGGGCCGGGGACCAGCAGCUGCCUCACAGGGAAACCAGAGCUGAGGAUCGUCCUCGUGGGUAAGACGGGAGGCGGGAAAAGUGCCACAGGAAACACCCUCCUGGGCGAGGAGACGUUUCCGUCUGUACUCCAGGCGACACCUGUCACGCAGAGCUGCAGCCGAGGCAGCAGGACCUGGCGAGGAAGGAAGGUUUUGGUUAUCGACACCCCUGCUAUUUUUGACACCCAUGUCUCUGAUGAUCGAGUCACCCGGGAGAUGCGUCGCUGUAGGGAGCUCUCCGCCCCAGGCGCCCACGCGCUGGUGCUGGUGACCCAGCUGGGCCGCUACACGGCGGAAGACCAGCACGCAGUGAGGAGAGUGCAAGAGCUGUUUGGCUGGGAGGCCAUGAAGUACACGAUGGUCGUAUUCACCCGCAGGGAAGACCUGCGCCGCGGGACGCUGGAGGAGUAUCUCUCCCACCGGGACAACGAGCAGCUUCUGCACCUAAUCCGAGAGUGCGGCGGCCGCUACUGCGCGUUCAACAACAAGGCUCCAAAGGAGGCUCGGGCUGCCCAGGCGGAGGAGCUGCUGGGUAAGAUCGCCGAGAUGGAGCGGGAGAACAAAGACCGACCGUUCUACGUGAAUGAGAUGUCUGAGAAGGCCGAGAAGCUUCUGAAAGCAAAGGCCGCGGGCUGCGAGAGAGAUGGAAGCACACGAAGAGGAGGGGAGGCCGAGCAGAGAGAGCUGAUGGAAACCCAGAAGGCCUAUGAGAGAAAACAGAAAUCCAGGGGUGAUAAAAGGAGUGCUGGAGACUGGUGUUUAUCAUGGCCAGGCAUCUCAGUGCCAAGUUUGUCAGCGCCAGGCAUCUCACUGACAAGGUUUUUGGAGGGCCGGAAGUGACAGCAACUGAGCUGCACCUACUGCCUCGCUUGACUUUGUGGGGUCUCCGAAUUCAAAGCUGGAGGGAAAAGAACUUUUAACUCUUCUGAGACACAAAUUUCCAGGCGCCAAAGGGCCCGUCUACACGGCAUUUUGGAGCAAGUCUCUCCGGCCAGGUCAAUGGACGCCGACCCCCAACCUCCUUAGGCUUCCGAGCCCGAGUGUCAUUGUGAGUGGCAGCUUCCAAGCACUGUGUGUACCACUGUUUUCGGAGCACUCGCGUGAGCUCUGCAAGCCUGGGUGAGAUGCUCGCUUCAGCGCCCGUGCAGCCACGUGCCAUGCGACCGGUCCCACGUGGCGCCUGUCCUGGGAGACGCUGGAGGAUUGUCCCGCACAACGCGUGCCCCAAGCUCCCGUUCCAUCCAGCCCUAAGCAAGUCACUGACGGACGUCACCCGUUUGCUGACGGAAGCCCUAUUGUCUGUUAGGAAAAUGGCUGGUCCCCGAACUGUUCUUUCCCUCAGCUUCAUCCAGUUCUAGCUACGUAUAAAUCUUUGGCCCGUCCUUGUCCAUUCAGUUCCUCCGAAAGCCCAACUGGGUUUUACCGCUCUUUUCUAGCCUCCUACAGUCUACCCUUUGUGGUAGUGCAAAGCCAAGAUCUCAAAGCACCAUCCUGCGAGUGAACCCACCUAGGGUCCUAGCCAACCACCCACCUGCCCACUCCGCACAUGGUGCCUCUGGAGCCCACAGGCAUGCUGGCUCUUUCUGACACCUCACCCAGCAAACUCAGGUAACAUGUUUCCCUCACAUCACAUGACCUCUAAAGAGUCAUUAAAGCAAUUUCACUAUUUCCUGUCCCUAAGAAUUCCUAAAUCCUGCAUCUCAGCUGCGUGUCUGCCCACACCGUAUAUCCGUGAAGAAUAUUUAUACAACGAAGAAGUGGAACUACUAAUUAGCAUGUGUCCUCUACUAGUGCUGGGUACCAUGAAAUCUGUACCCCAAGCCACUUUAUUAGCAAAAUGUACCUUAGGAGAGUGCUUUAAUAUAAAACUCUGAAAAUUAAACAUUGUUGAAAUCUAUUCCAUAUUCGAGUGGGAAAAUGAAACCGAGCAGUAAUCUAAGGUUAGGCUGGAUGAAGCAUUAGAUAGUUGUAGUGAAAAAGGAUAUGAAGGAACCCUAUUCAUGCAAUUUUUACUUCUUGGUUGAGUGAGACUUUUUUUUAGGUUGCCGAAGCUUGUAAAAGACUAGGGAAGAGACAUGCUCUUUACAGUGAGACCCUAAUGAUCUUUUUCUUCGUUCUUCUGAAAUAUUAGAAAAGUGCUAGUUUUUCGGUUACAAAAAUUAGAAUUGUACAUGCACAAUGAGGUAUGCAUUCUGCUUUCUCUAACUGGUACUGAACUAGCUUGUCUUUAAAAAUGUUGCUCACAUUUUGCACUGGUAUUUUAGUGAGUUACAAUCAAAUAUUUCCAUCUCUAGUUUAUAACUAUUAAAAACGAGGAUUCUGUUUGUGUUUUGUUCUUUUAGGGUGACAAUCGCCUUGGUGCAGAGAGUCAGCACAAGGCCUGGGCAUGACUUUGUAUCCACUUAAGUCUGUAAAACAUGGUUUUACAUGGGAUUUCAAUGAUGGUGUUUUGUGCAGCUGCUCUGUAUAGGGUAUGUCUACA